AUGGUGGUGGUUGAUACAUACACUGUCUCUGGUGAGAUGGGGAGGGAUAUCAAACAUCACCACCAACAUCAAUCAACCAUCAAAGCAGGUAGCUAUACUAGCUAUACAGUGGAAGUACCGUCAGAGUCUUCAGGCUGUAGUCAGUUGGUCGAUUCAACCGCUAUCCUGCCCGCCCAAUGGCCUACUUAUCUCCCGUCACACCCAGCGCAAGGAUGGAAAUGCAAGUCAUCCCUCCUCCUCCAACAACUCCGACUGCUGCUGCUGCUGCUGCUGCUGCCAGUCUCCCUCUCCCCCCUCGCUACCACCACCAGGUCAAACGUCCGAGUGCUCUCCAUUCAUCCACCCAUCCAUGCAUGCACCAUCCAUGCACAUAUACAAAUAAUAAAAAGCAAAGAAGACAGCAGGAAAAAGCAAAGAUGGGGCUCGACUUACUUACUUGUCUCGGCGUAUGCAAGGAAAGUUGGAAAGACUUUUUUCUCUUUUUUCUCUCCCCCUUCCCUUAUCUCUGGUGGCAAUGAUUCGUUUUUUUUUUUUUUUUUCCUUUUUCGCUUUGCUCUUUUUGCUUCUCUCUUCUUUGCUUUCGAGAUAAGUCUUCUUGUCGAGACGGCUGACAAGGCAGAGAGACCAUACUCAGCCGGCGGGAUAAGUUAUCAAAAAGUCAAUGGAUGGUUGCUGGUGAACUAA